CUACUGCUACUUUGAAAACGAUCUGAAAUUCGGGUCUUGUAAGCCUCACAGCUGUGAAUGUAUGCAUACGCAUAUGUCCGGUGUUCUGCAGUGACGUUUAAAAAUGUUGCUGUACAUUGAUGUCUAGAAAAUUAGGCUACAUAAAACGUGGACUUGUGCAAGCCUCGCUGCUACACUCAAGUAUGUGGGUGGGUCUGCAGUGACGUGAAUUGAUCAGCACCUUGGAGAGUGCUGUCCAUUUCACCACCAUAGAUAGUAGGCUACAUGGCUGUUUACUCUGUCUGCUGUGCUGCUAUGUUGCGUUUGACACUUUUUCUCUCUCAAUGUGUUCCGGUAACUCAGAGCCCCCUGGAUAACACCCCCUCACGCUCACUAUGUGUUCCGGGACCUCCCGAUUUACAAAUGAAGCACUGCCCAACGCUCUAACCACUAGGCUACCUGCCGCCCUAUAGGGAAAGGGUAAGGGGAACAAGGUGCCUCUACCACCAAUAGCUAGGGGGAUAAAACAACAAACACACUGUUCUAGGUGUGUCAGUAUCCCCGGAGCGACACAUGUCAUAUUUAAUACAAUAGAGAGAAUGAUCAUUAGCCCUCAUUAGGACUGUUAGGUGACCCUCUAAUUACAGACCAUUUCAGUCAGUCAGCUUCUAAAGGUUAUCAGGGAUGGUUCUUUGUGUUCCCUCAUACCUCUGAGACCAUGUCUAUUGCUGCAGCUAAUUAACCAUGUCUCCGUCACCACUAAUCAUAGCGCUAUGUCCUAACGAAGCUCACCGCCACCCUGACAUAAUAGCAUUCCACUACUUUAUUCAAAACCCGGGAAAUAUCCUAGAGAUGGUCGGUGGCAGGAUCAGAGUCAUUAAUAAGGACUUCUGAUAGACCCUUCAAAUGAGCAAACGAGUCAAACAGAAAAUGAGCACUGAUGGACAGUCUUUUUGUUGAUGUCCCCGUCGACUGGACUAAAGAUAUCUUAAUGACGUCCAUGGAGGGUGUAAAUGAGACGACACAGGGCCUUACAAAAGGAGAGCGGCUUCAGAGAGAGGUGAGUGUAGAAGUGGACCCCACAGCCUUUUGGCAGAACAUGUGUUUCAACACAAAGCACCUUCCUACAGCACCAGGGAUGGACACAGCAUGCUCAACCACCAAGAAGCUCAAGGUUCUCAUCUUGUUGCUACUCGUCUCUCAUCUGGCCUGUGACGCUCAGGAGGUUGCCAACUGUUGUAGACAGAAAUCCCACUCCUGCCGUCUUUACGUCCUGCUCUGUCGCCCAGGUAAUGGGACGGGGACAAGGGGACCCCUCACUGAUGACGCAGCCGCUGGAAUCCUCACACUCGGUAAACGGAAAGAAACUGAUGAACGUCGCUUCCAGAGCCGGUUGAGUCAGCUACUCCACGGGUCACGGAACCAAGCGGAGGGAAUCUUAACGAUGGGGAAGAGGACCGAAGACACAGAAGAACCGCUCAUGCGCUUGUUUCCAAUUUUAGAGACGGCCCCCACUACCACGGCCCAGUUGGUUUUACAACUUCCGUUCUAGUGACUCAUCUGGAAAACAUCAAUGUUGAUGCAUCAUUUUUGAGUGACUGCGUCAAACAUGUAUAUAUGAAAACAUGGGUUUUGGGUAAAAUGUUCUUUUAAGAUUGAAUUUGUUUGUGGAGUAGGUGUUAGUAAUGUUGUUAGUAAUGUUGUAAAUAUUGUAUAUGAUCUCAUUGGUGUAAUAAAUGUGAUAAUGUUCACGUA